GCGAGUGAGAAUAAAACGCCGGCUCACAGCCAGCCGCCGGCUAGUCGGUUCCUAAGCGUGACACAGUUUGAUGUGCCUAAGCAGCGGCUUUCGCGAUCGCAGAUACAGAUACAGAUAAUAGUUACUUAUUUACUUAGAUACUUAACUACUUAAUUACUAGACACUCGCUAGUACGGCAUCAUGAGGAGCACGCGCCAUGGUCGCAGAUCGCUCGGCAUUUGGAGUGGAUUAAUUGCAAUCUUGUGCUUAAACGAGAUCGCCUUGGACAUCGCGUUAGUCUCAGCCGUUGCCUACUACACCGAGAAGCCUGCCUUUUUGCCAUCUUGUCGGAUUUACGAACCCGGCUUUACAAAAUGUUCUACGAAUAGCAUACAGAAGCUUCUCGAUCAGCUUAAUAUUGGAAUACCGGAGGUGAUCGAGCGUUUCGGUCCCUUUGAUCCCAUGCGAGUGAGGGAUAUAGUGUUCAAGCAGGACAACAAUGAAGUAGCCACCAUCCGAGCCAAUCUUACUGAGCUGGUGGUCAAGGGUUUUUCCAAGACACAGGUCAAGGAGAGUCGUGUCAGUAAAAAAGACUUUGGCUGGCAGACUAAAAUAUUCCUACCCAAAAUGAGACUGGAUGGCAAGUAUGAAAUGGCUGGUCGAAUACUUCUCAUACCUCUUAGUGGCUCUGGCAAAAUAUUCAUCGAAAUUGAUGAUCUUGACAUUUUGUUGCUAACAAAAACUCGUCUGUAUGAAAAGGGCGGUUUCACCUUUGACAACGUGACCGCAGUGCGGGCUCAACUUAACAUGACCAAGGUUCGCACCUACCUGGAUAACUUAUUCAACGGACGCAGCAAAGAGGUUGAGCGCAGUACAAAUCAAUUCUUUAACGAUAAUUGGCGCGAUUUCUAUGAGGCCCUAAAACCGCUUAUCGUUGAGACGGUUGAAAAUAUCCUCUACGAUGUAAUGGGUACGGUUUUUCACCUAAUACCAGCCAACUUUUUCGUAGAGGACAUACCAACGCCCCAGCAACUAUAUGGUCCCAAGAAAGCAGAUGUUAAAGAGAAUAGUUGAGUGAUGCAAGAAGACGUUCAUCAGAAUUCUUUUUAAGAUUUAAAUUUAGAAAUGGCAGUAAGAAACUGGAAAUUAAAAGUAAUUGGAAAGCAA